UAGCGUCUUCCUCCAUCAUCUCUCAAAUCUCCUCAGCAUCCAUCAAUGAAAUUCAGACAAAAUGAAGUCCAAAUUCACAUGAAAUGAAAUGAACUUCAGUUUCAAACUGCUAUAUAUACAUGCCUUCUUCUCCAAAACACAACCUAUGCUGCUAUAAGGAGUCAAUUAUUGAUUCCUUCUAGUUUAGGAACAGAAUACUCCAUUUCCAACUUCAUCUUUCCAGUUUCUUUCUUCCUUCUUCAGCUCAGAAUCUCUUUUUCUCUGUGACCCGGAAUCAAAAUAUAUACCUUUUCAUGUUGGAAAUGCUUUUAAAAUGAAGUCUGAGAAGGGUGACAGUUAUUCAAACUAUAUCUCGCUAGCCUGUUGCUGUGGCCAAGAGAGAUAACAAGUCUUUGAAUGCUAUGGCGAAAGGUCGGAGGUUGACGACGAGCAGAAGCGAGCGGUAUUUGGGGAAUUACGGCUACAGUAACGGCCAAGGGGCGAACGUGAACGGCGUUACGGAGCUCGGAGAGGAGGAUGUAUGGUCGACGGUCGACGAUGUUUCAGAGAGAAAUGAUCCAGUCGUCGUUGCUAAUUACAACAAUUCGCAGAACGACUGGAGUCCACGCGCGUCCGUGGAGAACAACGGGAGUUAUCGGCACCGUCGGAUACGACAGGACGACCGUCACGUGGGAGGGUUGUCCUUUGCCUUCGAAACGGUGUCCUCACCGAGAAUUGUACACCAGUUCAGAGGUGGGAGUGACACCGUGGCUGGAUCCCCACGUGGACAUCAAAUGGCCACAUCAGCACCGGUGAACGUUCCCGACUGGAGUAAGAUUUACCGGGUCGACUCGGUCGAGUCGUUGCAUGAUUCUGACGACGGAUUGGACGACCGUGACUCGGAGAUGAUCCCUCCGCAUGAGUACUUGGCCCGAAGCCGUAGAACGAGCGGCGCUUCGGUUUUCGAAGGCGUGGGUCGGACUCUAAAGGGACGCGACUUAAGUCGCGUGAGAGAUGCUGUGUGGAGCCAAACUGGAUUUGAUGGUUAAGUAAUUGAUUAAUUGUCAUUAUUAAUAAUAAUAAUUAUUGUUGUUAAAAUACCUUAUAUUUUUUAUUGAGCAAUGAUUCGGUUGAGUUGGAUUUGGAAGUCAACUCAGCAAAGACUGAGCUCAACCCUUUAUGUGGUGGCGAAGGGAGGGGAGGCGGGUAAAUGUCGUUUUGUUUCAAGGUUGUGGAAGUUUUAAUUAGGUGUCAAUUUAAAUUUACUGUUUUUAUCACAUUUUGUUUUUUAUUUUAAUGUGUUAAUACCUACCUGUGUAAUCUAGUUAAGCCAGCCUAAGCGAUAUAUGGCUUAAAUUCGGCUCAAUUAUUUUAUUGGAGAGUUCAAGCUUAUUGAA